AUGACAAUGCACGGAGACGUUCUGCAGCAGAGCAGUUACGCAUCCGUUCUGCAUCCAGUGGAAAUCCAGGAUUGCUGGACUCCUUGGUUUGAUAGAGACAACCCCUCUGGUACUGGGGACUAUGAGACUCUUAAGAACCUGUACAAGGAAAAUCCAAAUAAAAUCUGCAAAGCACCCAUUGAUAUUGAAGUCCAAACUACAUCUGGGUUAAGCAUGGAUUCAACAGGCGAUGUGGUUGCUGUAGCUGACACUACCAGUGGGUUCAUCUGUAGAAAUUCAGACCAGAACACGGGAAUGUGCUCUGAUUAUCGUGUACGUUUUAGAUGUCCAGUUGAUUACUGCCAGCAAAAAGAUUGCUGGACUCCUUGGUUUGAUCGAGACAACCCCUCUGGUACUGGAGACUAUGAGACUCUUAAGAACCUGUACAAGGAAAAUCCAAAUAAAAUCUGCAAAGCACCCAUUGAUAUUGAAGUCCAAACUACAUCUGGGUUAAGCAUGGAUUCAACAGGCGAUGUGGUUGCUGUAGCUGACACUACUAGUGGGUUCAUCUGUAGAAAUUCAGACCAGAACACGGGAAUGUGCUCUGAUUAUCGUGUACGUUUUAGAUGUCCAGUUGAUUACUGCCAGCAAAAAGAUUGCUGGACUCCUUGGUUUGAUCGAGACAACCCCUCUGGUACUGGAGACUAUGAGACUCUUAAGAACCUGUACAAGGAAAAUCCAAAUAAAAUCUGCAAAGCACCCAUUGAUAUUGAAGUCCAAACUACAUCUGGGUUAAGCAUGGAUUCAACAGGCGAUGUGGUUGCUGUAGCUGACACUACCAGUGGGUUCAUCUGUAGAAAUUCAGACCAGAACACGGGAAUGUGCUCUGAUUAUCGUGUACGUUUUAGAUGUCCAUAUGAUUACUGCCAGCGCAAAGGGAAACACGGGAACUCUAGGAGGAAGACAAAAAGUAAGAGCCAGGUCUGCUGCACCAACAAAGGAAAAGUGAACAUUGAAACCACAAGGUGGCAGCAGGCGGUGACAUCCAUUGAGAACAUAGACGUUAGCUUAUCUGAUGGUUUUGAUCGUCGCCACAAAAGAUUUGCAUGA